CUCUCUCCCUCUCUCUCUCUCUCAAGAAAGAAGUAGCAAAGAUUUAGAAUUUAUUCAGGAGGAAGAAAGGCAAAAUUGCCUAACUUGAGAAGCUUCCAGGGAAAUGCCCUCAUAAGAAAAUCACACACAUAUUCCCACCCUUGUAACUCUUAUACUUGGUUUUUGUUUUUCACAUUCUAAGGUCAACAACUAGAGGAACUUGCACUCUUUGAAACGUAUGUGAAGGUGUUUGUUGUCUAGUUUUGGUUUCUCUUGAAGUCUUGUAACUUGGUCAAAGAAUAUAGCACCGACUGUCAUUGAAAUGGGAGUUAUUGCCUAUCUGUUUUUUUUUUCUUGGUCUUUGAGAUUAUGGAAGGAGAAUAAUCUUUAACCCUAAAAAAGUGAUAGACUUUACUAGUACUUGUUUGUUUUGAUAACCAAUUUGCCUUCAAACACCCCCCUCUAUUCUCGUUUUCUUCAUAGAAGAAAUCCAUUGCUAGUUUUUGCUACCCUCCUUUGAUUUUUACUUCUUAGCUGGCUAAUAUUAGAUCUUUCCGAAGGAAAAGACGAGUUUUUUUUUUAUUAGGAAAAACAUGGAGUUUGGGUCAGGUUUUACGGAAGAAGAUCAAAUAAGUAGAGGAAAAGGACUCCCUUUUUCUUCUUAUUCAUCUUCUUCAUCUCCUUCAUCUUCUUCUUCUCAUCAAAAAAACCAACUUGUGGUCCCUUUAGGCCAAAUCUUUGAGAACCACCAAAUGGGUUCUUGGUUAGGCAACAAGUAUGACCAAGAAGAUCAAGAUACAUCAAGAUUUGAUGAGAAUGGAGCUUCAACCGCCGCAAAACUUGACCUUAUGGAUGUCAAUGAUGAUGAAGAAGGGGGCCGAGGAGAAUCUAGUUGUGUGGUGAUAGAAAAGGAGCACAUGUUUGAUAAGGUCGUAACUCCAAGUGAUGUAGGAAAGCUAAAUCGCCUUGUGAUCCCAAAACAGCACGCAGAGAAGUACUUUCCUUUAGAUUCAUCAUCGAAUGAGAAGGGGCUUUUAUUGAAUUUUGAGGAUAGGAAUGGUAAAGCUUGGACAUUUAGGUAUUCGUACUGGAAUAGUAGUCAGAGCUAUGUUAUGACUAAAGGUUGGAGCCGUUUUGUGAAGGAGAAGAAGCUUGAUGCUGGUGAUAUUGUGUCGUUUCAAAGAGGGGCAGGCGAAUUGGGUAAAGAUCGUUUGUACAUUGACUGGAGACGCCGGCCGGAUCCACCGGACCACGCCUCUCACCACCAACUCUACCACCACAACCACCCUUUCUCAUCAAUCCCUUGGAGCCCUUUACUCAUGCGCCCGCCAACAGCACCAAUUUUGCCAAGGGACCACCUCCACUUGUCUAAUCCUAAUAGAAAUGCCUAUUACAAUGUUGGUGGUAGUUAUUAUGGUCAUGGAUAUGGUAAUUAUAACAAUGUGGUAAACCCUUGUUCAUCUUCUGGGUCAGUUUUUUACAUGAGAUCAUCAGCAGUAGCAGCAAUUGAACCAAACCCACAAGAAGUUGGAAUGGGGAUGGUGCAAUGGCAGCUAGGAGGAGGUGGGGUUGUCGAGCCAGUGGUGUAUGAGUCGGUGCCGGUAGUCCAAGGGAAAGCAGCGGCAAAGAAACUGAGGUUGUUUGGUGUAAACAUGGAUUGCCCCAUUACUGAUCAAUCUGAUAACUAUGAUCGCAAAUUGUCCUCAACAACAACAGCAGCAGCAGCAACAUUACCUCAUAAUGCUACUAUUACAUUGCAGCCUCCUCCUCAACUUGCUUCACAGUCUCUGCAACAUCCCCUCCACCAAUUGAGACUCUAUAGAGGCACCCCACUACCAGCACUGCCACCCUCCAAUACCCAAUUUCUCCACAAAGGGAAGUCAUCCUCCUCCUCCAUGUCCUUGGAUUUAGAUAUGUGA